AUGGUUGUGGUGGUGUUAGCAUCGCCACAGGUUUACAAGGUCUGCAGGGAUUACAGCAACCCCAGCUGUGCAACUUGGAAGAAUUCCAGUAUCUUCAACAGAGAAUGCCACCUCUUGUUAAUUGAUAUUGCUUGUGACGCAAAACUCGGACAGUCAGAAUUUGAUCUGAGAAAGUUGGCAGAACCGCUCAAAUGCCAAAAAACAGGAACAGGAGAAUCCAGAAGACACAAGUCUUUUAUUACUUCAGGGACAGGCAACAAGAAAGGAUCUCCAAGAAUCCUAUGUAAAAUUGGAAGUGUAAAUGUCAACUUUCAAUCCAUCCUGAAAGCCAAUGCUGAACUGGAACCCUUAGUCAGAUAUAUACCUAAAACCAAAACAGAACGUAAAAAGUUCCGUAUAGACUUCCAUACUAAGAAGGAACAGUAUGACUGUAAUUGGGACGUUGAGGAUGACUCAAACCUUCUCAAGGGUAUAUAUGAGUAUGGUAUGGGUAACUGGGAAAAAAUCAAAAUGGACCAAGAGCUUGGCUUGUAUGAUAAGAUUUUACCAGACGGAGGUAAAACUCCACAAGCAAAACAAUUAAAAACAAGAGCGGAUUAUCUUCUUAGGAAAAUAAAGAAACAUUUAGAUGGAAAGAAAACCGCAAGGAGGAGCUAAAGAAUGAAAUUCCUCCAGAACCUGAGAAUGGUCAUGCUGAAUCUGUUUGUGUUGUUCUAAAACACCUAAUGGAACAAGAAUAGAGAGGCUGUUUUUGAAGUCUCGGUCAUUAAAAUAUCUGUAUUAUUUCACAUUCUGUCAUGAAGAUUGUCCAGAUGAUUGUCCACAUUGUUACAAACUUCCUGAGAAAGACAUUACCAUGUGAACCAACAAGUGAAUAUCCUGAACCAAUAACAUAUGAAGAAGCUGGAUUAGGAAAGAAUGAAAUGCUUUUUGUCCAAGAUAAUGAAUCUUGAAUGGCAGAUAAUAUGAUAUUCUGUGAUAUUAGAACACAAUGCAAUGUUCAUGCUUGAAGAUACUUCGUCUAAGUGUAAAAAAUGUGUAAAUUCAAGAUCUUUUUAUGGGAAAGAUGAUAUUGUAAGGGUGGAUAUUGUCCAUCUUUCUGUCCAUUUUCCUGUUGUGAUCAAUAUCUUACAACCAGUUGUUCAGAUUGUUAUUUGAAAUGAGACGGAAUUUUGUUUAAAAUGCCAUCAUGAUCCAACACAUUGUUGAGGAGUUAUUGCCCUUUGUUAUUUAAAAAUAGAAAGUGUCACGCUGCAUAAUUUCAGUUUGAGCCGUAACUUUGUUAGACUUUAUUCAAUGUGGCCAUACCACAUGACUUUUCG